UUCUAUUUGAUAGAAAGUAUUAUUUUCUUAUGUGGAAGAGAGGAGAGAUACUGGGUACGGGGGCUUCCGCGACGGUGUCGCUUGCCGUUGUGAACGAUCAAACUUUCAUGCACGUUCAUUCUCUACCUUCUGUCAUGGCUGUGAAAUCUGCCGCCCUCCAUAAUUCAUAUCCGCUUAGUCGCGAGAGAAUAAUGCUCAAGGAGUUCGAAGCCUGUCCGUGUGUCGUUCGCUGCUACGGAUCCGACACUAGCAUCGAAAGAGGAGAGGAGUGGUACAAUCUUUUCUUGGAGUAUGCUUCCGGAGGCAGUUUAUUCGAUCGCAUUCACGAGUCCGGAGGCGGCUUACCGGAAGAUGAAGCGAGGAGGUACACGAAGUCUGUACUUUCGGGUCUGAGUUACAUUCACGGGAAAGGAUACGUUCACUGUGAUAUCAAGCCUCAUAAUAUAUUGGUUGUGGAGAAUGGGAGAGAAACUACUGCCAAGAUUGCUGAUUUUGGGCUUGCGAUGAAGCCCAAAGAAGAAAAAAUUAAGGGGGUCAGAGGUACGCCUAUGUACACGGCGCCUGAGUCAAUUCGCCGCGAUGAAUAUGGGCCUUGUGCCGAUAUUUGGGCUGUCGGGUGCACUGUGUUAGAGAUGGUGACCGGGAAAGAGCCUUGGGAGUGUGGACGACAUAUCGAAAAGGCGGCUCUUUUGUAUAGGAUUGCUUCUAAACAGGAUGUCCCUGAAAUUCCGAGUUGGUUGUCAAACGAGGCUCGAGAUUUUCUCAGCAAAUGCUUGGUUAGAGAUCCCAAGUCAAGGUGGACUGCCGAUAUGCUGUUAGGCCAUCCCUUUGUUUCCGAUGCCAAGAGCGAAUUUAUGGAAACUACAGUAGAUGACAGCAGCACGACUUUACUGCCUGAAGCCUCCAAAGAGGUUGAAUGGAUGCAGAUUCCAUUCGACAUUCCUGAACCAUCAUAUGGAUGUUACGUGACCGGCCUUGCUCAGAUGCCGUUGCUUCUAAAGAUGAAGAUGCUUGUGAGAUUAUUGCUAGUAAGAAUCUGA